ACAGCACCCCAACAAAAGGCAGCUGGUACUCGACUACAGCCAUUGUUACCGAGAAACCGAGGUUAAGAAGCCGUGAACCACGCAGGCCGAAAAAUUCCCAUUUUGUGAUCCAUCCCAUACUAGUUGUAGUGCACAAGAACUUCAUGAGACGCAAAUUUUGGGAUAUCCGCCGUAAUCGAUCGAACUAGGAAAGAGGAAAGGGAUGAUCCGUCAGUCGCCAUCGAACCGGGCGUAUUGACGACUCCGUAAGAGAGCGUAAGGAAAUUAGCGAGAGCCUAGACACGUUAGCAUCGAGACCACAGCGAAAUCAAUGGGGUUAGGAUUUCCAACCUCCAUAGGCCUCACGACCCUCGGAGCGGGCGGGGGCGUCGGCGUAAGCCGCACCUCCGGCAGGAGCAUCGCGGGGAGGACGGUCACGGCUGCUGCUGUAGGUGUCAUCACCACCGCGCUCGCGUCUCUCGUAGCCGGCAGCACCACCGCCGCGGCGGUCAUCGCCACCGCGAGCAUAGCGGUCGCCACGGUCCUCACGUCCGCCACCGCCGCCGCCGUAGCGGUCGACACGACCACUGCUGCUGUAAGAGUCAUCACCACCACGCUCGCGUCUCUCGUAGCCGCCGGAGCCACCAGCGCCGCCCCGAUCCUCACGGUAGCUACGGUCGUAGCCACGAUCCUCACGGUAGCCACGGUCGUAGCCACCGCCACCGCCGCGGUCUUCGUAGCCUCCACGGCGCUCGUAUCCGCGGUAGCGGUAGGGGUCAUCGCGGCCACCUCCGUAGCCACCACCUCCAUAGCCGCCACCGCCGUAACCUCCACGGCGACGGUCGUCGUAGCGGUCGUUGAAACGGCCUCCACGGCCACCUCCGCCACCACCACCCUCUGUCGAACAUCGCAUUAGUGAAUUCUCCUGAAAGUUUGUUGACAGAAUAAAUGCUUACCACGCUUGGGGGGGCCGAAGUAUUUGCCAGGAGUGGGAGUGCGAGGGCGAGCACGACGAGCCUUCUCGAUGCUCAGGGUUCGUCCCUCAAUCUGCUCUCCCUGCAGGCCCUCC